UGCUUCCGGGGGGGCGCGGGAGAGGCUUCGUGUCGGGGCUUCCAAGGCGAAGGCUUUGCCUACACCGUGAGGGUCCAUCAUGUCUGACAGAAAGGCUGUGAUCAAGAAUGCUGACAUGUCUGAGGACAUGCAGCAGGAUGCUGUUGACUGUGCCACGCAGGCCAUGGAGAAGUACAAUAUAGAGAAGGAUAUUGCAGCAUACAUCAAAAAGGAAUUUGACAAGAAAUACAACCCCACUUGGCACUGCAUUGUGGGCAGGAACUUCGGCAGCUACGUAACGCAUGAGACGAAGCACUUCAUUUACUUCUACUUGGGCCAAGUGGCAAUUCUCCUCUUCAAAUCCGGCUAGGGGGCAGGCGUGGGCCUGUGGGGGUCACGGCUGGUGAGGAACACGGACUGUAGUGCACUAAAAGCAGGAGCCCCGGCUUCUUUAACCAUGGCUGCACCACUGCAUGGACUCAAUACUAUAUUUAAUGUGUAUAUGUUGCCGUAAAACACCUACAAUUCUCGUUUCUUUCUCUGUUUUGGGGGGAUUGCCUAGGAGAAGAAAGGCAGCAUAUUUUCCCCUCUUUUUCUUCUUUUUUUUCCCUUUUAUGUUCCUGCUUCUUAUUUUUCUGUUCUUUUGCACUAGGAGAACUGUAAAAUGCUUCAACAAUGGCCUUUAAGUGAGAAGAAGAAAUAAAUAAAACAAGAAACUUCAAUUCCACAAAAUAAAUCUUUGGGUUUAACUUUCUUGCAGAAGGCUUAAAGCCUAACGUAACAGAGAGAAAAAAAACAGCGUCAAGUGUAGAAUCUAUGUAAAAGUUACUAAAUAAUUUUUAAAUUCUUGUCAGGCUUCCUCUUCCCGAGAUGUCAUUAUUCUCCCAUGAAGUCGCCUUAGCUCUAAACGAGGUGGUUGGAGGCAGCGCUGGGCGUGUCUGCGUAUCUGUGUUGUCUUGACCCAGCUUUUUGGGAUUCACCAGGGCUGCCUCCAGCACAAAUCUAUAUAAAUAUGAAUAAAUAAAUAAAUAAAACCGAGCAAGCCAAGCUGCUUCUGAUUUGCAAAAUGCUCGGUAUCCUCUUGAGGAGACGGCUGUCGGAAUCGGCUGGCCUGGUCUCUCCCACAUUCCUGUAUUGGCACUUCCAAAGCCUUUUCAAACGAAAGAUGUCUAGUCUUGUAUGUCCAAGAAGAUGUCAUGAUGCCCAGUGGAUGUGAUCAGGAUUUUCUAUGCCCCCGUUUUGAGUCAGUACGGUAUUGCCUUAUUGUAGCUCACGUCCUCUUGUUGUGCAGGGCAGAUCUGUCUGAAAUCAGUGGCUUAAAUGUUGCUGUGCUUUAAAUGUCUCCAGUAAAGAUGGAUAGACCUUCAUCUGUUAGAGGCUGAACCCCAGUCUCUCUUCGGUGGGCUUUCUACUCUGAUCCCCUCCUGACCCUACAAGAAGAGGGUCCUCAGGAGCAGCUGUGUACCUAACCAGCUCCUGAAGGUGCAAGAAAAGGUCUCCCCUGGGCUUCCUUGGCCUCCUUAGUCUAUGGUUGUACAGGUAAUAUUUUAAGUUCUGUUGCAACAAUAAAAAUAAAGUGGGAUUGUUUCUUCCUUUUGCAAAGGUUACGUGUGAAAUGCAGUGAUAGCUUUAACAUCUUGGGUUGCUUUUUGAAGUUAAAAGAGCCUAGACAUUCUUUUUGGGGGUGGGGUGGGGUGGGGAAAGCAGGUCCCUCUUUUGAAAGCAAAGUGGUGCGAAGAAGCAAGACGACUUUAUUGAAGGAGCACUCUAACUCCCGGGUUCAAAAUGUGAGGAUACGGCCCCAGUCUUUCCAUUCUGUACCUGGGGUUAGCGGUAAGAGAAAUACGGCAGUCUCCCCUCACUUAUGGGGUGCGUGUGUGUGAAAGAAGACUGACCCAAACCACUUCUCCGAAAAGAAAAACCGGCACUGUGUGUCGAAUCCAAAGUAUGCCAAAAAUCACAGGCUCUUUGUUAGAACUGUUGGGUGAAAUAAAACAAAUGUCAAGGUUGGAAUAGCUGUUGUGUUCAAUGUUGACUGAUAUUCUUACAUCUAAGGGGGCAGUGGCAAAGUGCCUGGGGUUCAACGGGGCACCUGGGUCACCAUCAUACAGAAAACUUCAUCCUUGAUCGGAAAAAGAAGACUCUCUGUUUCUUUAAUUCUGUGCAUGAGUCUGUGAAUAAGCUCACUUCAUGGAGCGUGAGAAUGAACGUUCCCAUCUUAACAGCAGUUGCUCAGACUAACCCUUUUUAUUUUUCAAAAACAUUAAAACCGAACUGACACAUUUAA